GUUCGUUGUACUUCCUGUGUGUCGCAGUCGUUUCAGGAAAAGGCGGGUAAAUGAUGAGGAUUCUUGCGCAGUGUUAGCAUUUAGUAGUCCAAAGAAGGUCGUUUUAGCCCGGUUAUCAACCAUCCAAACAAUAAUGGCGUGCAAAAGAGGAGCCCUCAUUGUGUUAGAGGGUGUAGACAAGGCCGGGAAAACGACGCAGUGCAAGAAGCUAGUUCAGGCGCUGCAACAGAGCGGCCGACCGGCAGAGAUGAUGAGAUUUCCCGACAGGACCACAACAAUUGGACAGCUUGUAAGUGCCUACCUGGAAAACAAAAGUGAUUUGGAGGACCACACAGUGCACUUGCUGUUCUCUGCAAACCGCUGGGAACUGGUGCCUUUAAUGAAGAGGAAGCUGGAGCAAGGCACCACUCUGGUGGUAGAUAGGUACGCCUUCUCUGGAGUCGCUUUCACUAGUGCCAAGCCGGGAUUCUGUCUGGACUGGUGCAAGAACCCUGAUGCGGGACUGCCAAAGCCAGACCUUGUUAUGUUUCUACAGCUCAGUCCAGCUGACGCUGCUCUCAGAGGUCAGUUUGGAGAAGAGAGAUAUGAGACCAGUGCUUUCCAAAGAGUGGUUCAACAGAAAUUUGAACAGCUGAUGAAGGAUCCUUCUGUCAACUGGCAGGUAGUUGAUGCUUCUAAGAGUGUUGAGGAUGUACACAAAGACAUCACAAACCUCAGCCUCAAUACUAUCAACACAGCUUGCUACCUGCCACUUGGAGAGCUGUGGAAGUGAAUGUGAACCUGUCCGAGUGAGACCAUUUUGAUACAAAGACAGUCUGUCGUUACAGUGACUCUGUGACUUCACACUUGGCUCAAGUUCCCUUUUUUUUCCUUGUUAUUGAAUGCAAAAGAUGAAUGCCUUGGCUGUGAUUCAGAUAUGUUUCUAUAUUGUCUUGGAAUUGAGCAGAACCAUUGUCCUUCAGAUUCUGAUUUUAUUUUUAGUUUUUAAUCCUCUUACACCGUCUAUUGUUUUUUUUCACCUGUCUACAUAUUGUGUUGAUUAAAUAAAUUAUCUUCAAAUGAA